UAGCUCUUACAAAACAUAGCUUAGAAAACCUAAAAAGUAAAAAAUUCAAAGUGCAAUGACAAAUCAAAAGAUACCCGAAUGGGUUAAUGGUCUCUCGCUGAAGCAGGCGAUACAUGCCACCCUAGGAGAUGGCGAAAAGAUCCUGGACGUUACGCCAGUCAUUGAUGAGAUACAGUACCGCAACUGCACCGUUCUGCUGCCCAUCAGUGCGAAGGUUCUCAUGAUGGAUCAGACUUUGCGGAAGAUCACGUUCAUGCUGAAGGCCCAGCAUUGCAGCAAGUUUCAGGCCAGGAUCAUGACCCACCUGAAGCUGUUCGCUCGAGAGGACCACAUGUAUCAUAAAGUUUUGCCCAAGCUCGAGCACUUGUUCCAAUCGGUCGGCAAGACGGUGACAUUCGGGCCACGGGCCUUCAAGCUGGACAAAAGCAUAAAAGUGCACUACAUACUGAUGGAGGAUCUCAGGACCAAGGGCUACCAGAACGUGUGUCGGCAGGAGGGCUUCGACUUGGUGUCCAUUAAGGCGGUGCUCAAAAAACUCGCCGAAUUCCAUGCCGCCUCGGCUGUCUAUGUGGAGCGCCACGGCAUGUUUGGCAAACUGUUGGCCGAUGGGGUAUACACGCGGAACAACAGGAAUAUUUUGAAGAAACUGAACGAUGUGGAUCCCUUUCUGUCGCAGCUCAGGGGCUCCAGUCUGGCAAGCCGAUUCCACAAGCGGCUGAUCAACAAGGAACGCGUCCUAGUGGAUCGCAUGCUCGAGAUGCACAGCCGACAGACUUUAACAGACUUUUGUGUCCUGAACCACUGCGACGGCUGGGUGAACAAUGUGAUGCUAAAGUUCGAUUCCUUUGGCAAAGUGGAGGACACUGCUCUGAUUGACUAUCAGGUAGUCAGGUAUGGAUCUCCGGCCCACGACCUGUACUAUACAAUCCUCUCCUCUGCCCAAAUGGAGAUCAAGCUAGAUAAAUUUGAUCAUUUUGUGCAAUAUUACUAUUACCAUCUGGUGGAUAAUCUCAAGAUACUCAACUACCGAGGCCGUACGCCGCAGCUCAAGAACAUACGCGAUGGUCUCCACAAUAAUGGUCUGGCAGCAUAUGUGGUGGCGACACGGGUAUUGCCCAUUGCAAUGAUGAGUCAAUUAGAGGACGAGGUCAACGAUCCAUAUUCAUAUGCAACCAAACUAAAGGGUUCCAUGGCCAAUACUAAGUACAGUCAGGCCAUGAAUGACAUUCUGCCUUGGAUGGACGAUCGCGGUCUGCUCAAUUGGUGUUAGGUCUCUCACCACAAAAUGUUCUCAGUGUGAAGCAUUCAUUAUUUAAUUCCCUACUUUCAAUUAAAUGCGUUUUGUAAUCACAAAAA